UGGAUAGCGCAGACGUGAUGAGUACAGGAGCAAACCGACGACAUCAUGUCUAAAGGUUCACAUGCAACCCUCCAGCCUAACACUCGCUGUUUUUUAUGGGUGCUGCAAGUCGUUCUGCUGCGCUUGAGAACACCAGGCCGUGUUAUCAACAUCGGUAGCGUUAAGGCUCCGAGUCACGUUGGUUCGAGAGAAGCCUUGACAGCUCGAGCAAAGCUCCUCGCGACAAUUUCGACGCGCGAUUGGGCCGUAAGGCUGACAGAGGAGCGGACGACUAUAAAUGCGAGCGGGUGCGCCGGUUCCGGCUGCGUCGAUGUUAGUGUCCAUAGCGCAGGCCAAUCGUGCAAACUUUUGCGGCUGAGCUAUCGUUGGCUCCGGUGAAGCAGAGGUGAGGCAAGCGGAAAUACAGGAAAAGAUCAGUAAAAGCCCCAGCAAGUAGAUGACCAGUGCGAGCGGAGGAUCGAUGACCAAAAGAAUCUACCAAGUACGCGGUACGUAACAUUCAUGGUUCUUACAGCGGCUCCCAACAACACUGCCAUGGUUGCAGAGUGCUACCUUACCUAUCGCAUCGCAGAAUAAUACUUCGCAACUGAGACGGCACACACGUAUAAGAAGCGAAUGUGCCGGGCCAAAAGUCGUAUCUCCCAGCGGCGUGGUCAUUGCCGCAAUAGCGUCUCUAUUUACAUGCGCAGUGCAUUGCGUUCCUAAUGCUGCUAUGCCUCGGACGCCGUCGCCGAUCUCCUUGUCGGGAGAACUACGAAAAAACUCCCGCGCAAAGAAAAAAAAGAGGGUUAUGUCGAUCAAGAAGACUGUUCUUUGAGCGUUUGCGCCCUCCGCCAUCAGGUCAUUAGGUUGUUUGCCGCCGAUAUUAAA